AUGGGUGGCUGCUACUCUGUCAUCGCGGCCUCCAGGCUGCUGGCCCGGAGGCGCGCCGCCGCCGCCAUCAUGCCCGUGGCCAGCGCCGACGACUGCCCCCCCGACGGCGACGCCAACAGCAGCAGCUGCUGCAGGAAGAAGCGCAGGUCCACCAAGUGGAGACGGAGCGCGCCGAUCCUGGGCGACGACGACCAGUGCGCGCCCGGCGGGGAGGGCUUCGCCAAGCGGUACCGGCUGGGCGCGGAGCUGGGGCGCGGGGAGUUCGGGGUGACGCGCCGCUGCGAGGACGCGGCCACGGGCGAGGCGCUGGCGUGCAAGACCAUCCGCCGCAAGCGGCUGCGCCGCGCCGCCGACGCCGAGGACGUGCGGCGGGAGGUGGAGAUCCUGCGGCGCAUGUCGGCGCUGGAGGGCGCGGGCGGCGCCGUGGUGCGGCUCCGCGAGGCCUGCGAGGACGCCGAGGGCGUGCACCUGGUGAUGGAGCUGUGCGAGGGCGGCGAGCUCUUCGACCGCAUCUUCGCCCGGAGCCACUACACGGAGCGCGCCGCCGCCAAGAUCGGCCGCACCAUCGCGCACGUCGUGCAGCUGUGCCACGACAACGGGGUCAUGCACCGGGACCUCAAGCCCGAGAACUUCCUCUUCGCCGGCAAGGAGGAGGACUCGCCGCUCAAGGCCAUCGACUUCGGCCUCUCCGUCUACUUCGAGCCCGGGGAGCGCUUAACCGAGGUGGUCGGCAGCGGGAUCUACAUGGCGCCGGAGGUGCUCAUGAGGAGCUACGGCCCGGAGGCCGACGUCUGGAGCGCCGGCGUCAUCCUCUACAUCCUCCUCUGCGGAGUGCCUCCUUUCUGGGGAGACACCGAUGAGCGCAUCGCGGAGUCCAUAAUCCGGGGUGAAAUCAAGUUCGAGAGGGAGCCAUGGCCCAAGGUCUCCCAAACUGCAAAGGACCUUGUCAAGAAGAUGCUUGAUCCGGAUCCUGCUACCCGCUUGACAGCAAAGCAAGUCUUUGAGCAUCCGUGGCUCAAGAACGCCGACAAGGCUCCGAAUGUGUCACUUGGAGAGCUUGUUCGAUCCAGGCUUAAGCAAUUCUCAUCCAUGAACAAGUUCAAAAAGAAGGCACUCGGAGUCGUUGCCAAGAAUUUACCGGCGGAGGACAUCGAGAACUACACUCAGAUGUUUCAAAUGAUAGACAAGGACAAGGACGGUACUUUGACGCUUGAGGAGCUCAAGGAGGGCUUGCGGAUAAACGGUCAUGCUGUUCCUGAGACAGAGAUACAGAUGCUGUUAGAAGCUGGUGACAUAGAUGGAAAUGGCACCUUGGACACUGACGAGUUUGUGACAGUCUUACUUCACAUAAAAAAAAUGAGUAAUGAGGAGUACCUACCUGAAGCUUUCAAAUACUUUGACAAAGAUGGCAAUGGAUAUAUUGAAAUGGAGGAAUUGAUGGAGGCUUUAGGUGAUGACGAACUAGGCCCAGAUGAGCAAGUGAUCAAAGACAUUAUACGUGACGUUGACACGGAUGAGGAUGGUCGCAUUAGCUAUCAGGAGUUUCAAGUGAUGAUGAGAUCUGGCUCAGACUGGAGGAAUGCUUCUCGGCGGUACUCAAGAGCAAAUUUCAGCAACCUCAGUCAUCAGCUCAACCUCAGUCAAAAGCUGUGCCAAUGA